AUGACUCUGCCAUCGGCCAACCCCACACUGCAUUGCUUGGAUAUUGGUAGUCUGGGUCGAGGAGAAGUCAUUCGAUUGUUUCCCAAGGAUCCCAACAAGAGCGCAGAGCUCAAGGAGCAGGGCCUGUCGGUGACUGGUCAGCUGCCCGUGCUUGAGUAUGAAGGAAAGAUCCUCAGCCAGUACCUCCCCAUCCUUUGGUUCUUGGCCAGGGAGCUUGUCGAGUAUGACGGGGAUACGAGCUUCGAGAAAUAUCGUGUGGAUUCUGUCGCUGAGAUUUACAACGACUGGAGGGCCCAACGGGUGAAAAGCCUGGGCAAUUCCACGGACGAGUUCAAGCACGACUUCGUGCCGAACUACUACAAGACCAUCGGACAAAUCUAUGCCGAUCAGGAUGGCCCAUAUCUUCUCGGCCCGAAAGUCAGCUAA